CCUGCACUGCGAUUCUCUGAAGUUCUCCAGAUACGGAUUUUGUGGAGAGUAGACUGCAAAAUUAUAAAGACAAACAGGAAGUUGCAGAAAAUAAGUUAUCUAUUAAAUCUUUCGUGUAAGAAAGAAGUGAACGAACUAAGUGUAUAUCCGUCAUGCGCUAAUAGGUUGCUACUAUAUUGCUUUGGCACUGCUUUUUGGAAACGAGUCAAAUGAGUUUGCAGUGAAGAUGGCCGAGGGGAGGCUGUCAAUAUCACCGUACCCUUUUCAGGAUCCACAACUUUCACAAAGUUUGGACGCCACGGGGGACUCGGACAGAAUACAUAUUCAAGCUAAAAACCGACAUGUUGCUGGCACUCCGGAUGAGUCUUUCUCUCCGACGUCGGUCAUCUAUUUUAAAGAGGCGCUCAGUUCAGCGAACAUCCGAUUUGCAAAGACUGGACUGUCAUCUCCCACUCCUGUUCAAUAUGAGUUCAAUAUCGAAAGAAUGUCCAAUAAAACGAAAAAUCCGAAGGACCCUAUAGCCAUCGAGCGGUUGAACCUGAUGAACAUGGCUAAGCUGAGUAUCAAGGGUCUGAUUGAGUCGGCCCUGAACCUGGGCAGAACCCUGGACUCGGACUACGCUCCGCUACAGCAGUUCUUCGUGGUCAUGGAGCACUGCCUCAAACACGGACUCAAAACCAAGAAGACGUUCCUGGGGCAGAACAAGUCUUUCUGGGGGGCCUUGGAGCUGGUGGAGAAACUCACCCCUGAGGCUGGAGAGAUCACUGCCAGCGUCAAAGACCUGCCAGGACUCAAAACCCCGUUAGGAAGAGGGCGGGCCUGGCUGCGAUUGGCCCUGAUGCAGAAGAAGCUGUCAGACUACAUGAAGACCAUCAUCAACAGGAAGGACCUGCUCAGCGAGUUCUACGAGUCCAACGCUCUCAUGAUGGAGGAGGAAGGAGCCGUGAUCGCCGGACUGCUGGUUGGGUUGAACGUCAUCGAUGCUAAUCUCUGUAUGAAGGGAGAAGACCUGGACUCACAGGUCGGGGUGAUAGAUUUCUCCAUGUAUCUUAAGGAUGGUCAAAGCAGCAAGACGGCAGAAGGGGAUGGCCAGAUCACAGCCAUUCUGGACCAGAAGAACUAUGUUGAGGAGCUCAACAGACACCUCAGUGCUUCAGUCAACAACCUGCAGGCCAAAGUAGACGCUAUGGAGAAGUCCAACACCAAGCUCACUGAAGAGCUUGCAGUAGCCAACAACAGGAUCAUCACCCUACAAGAGGACGUAGAACGAGUCAAGGAGGAGAGCUCCUACCAGCUGGAGUCCAGUCGCAAGGCGUCGCGGUCAGGGGACGGCUUGGCGGACGGCCAGGUGCUGGGGGAGGCACGCAAACAACUCAAGGAGGAAACUCAGCUACGAUUGGAUGUAGAGAAGGAGUUGGAGGUUCAGAUUGGUAUGAAGCAGGAGAUGGAGCUGUCUAUGAAGAUGUUAGAGACAGAUAUGUGUGACAAACAGGACGCUCUGGUGGAACUACGACAACAGCUAGAAGACCUCAGGGCCCUCAACCAGCAGCUAGCACAGAAGUCCCAGAACUUGGAGGCGGGCGCCAAGCAGAAGAGUGAGGUCAUCAGUCGCCUGGAGGAGAAGACUAAUCAGAUGGCUGGAACUAUAAAACAGCUGGAGAGCAGUGAGAAAGACUGUGUGAAGCAGGCCAGAAGCUUGAGUUCCAACGCGGGGAAACUGCUUCAGAAGCAACUAUAGGACUCUCCUCUCUUCCCCUUCGCCCCCCACAAUGACACCCACAUCAUAGUUUCAGAAAUCUGAUUCCCAAUCAAAACAUAAGACCAACCUUUGCAUAAUAUAGAAAUGACUAAACUAGGGUAUUUAUUUUGAUAUUACUGUAUAUGUGUUGCGGUUAAACCUUUAAUUUCUAACUGUUAAACAAUCUUUUAUUUCCUAAACUAAACUCCUUAAACAGCUUUCCCGACAGCAUUACUUUGAUUAGCAGCAUGGACUGAGACAGGCUAGAGGUCGCCAGAUAGAGACUAUCUUUCUGUUGGACUGAGACAGACUAGAGGGCGCCAGAUAGACUAUCGUUCUGUUGGACUGAGACAGACUAGAGGGCACCAGAUAGAGACUAUCUUUCUGUUGGACUGAGACAGACUAGAGGGCGCCAGAUAGACUAUCUUUCUGUUGGACUGAGACAGACUAGAGGGCACCAGAUAGAGACAGGCUAGAGGGCGCCAGAUAGACUAUCGUUCUGUUGGACUGAGACAGACUAGAGGGCACCAGAUAGAGACUAUCUUUCUGUUGGACUGAGACAGACUAGAGGGCACCAGAUAGAGACUAUCUUUCUGUUGGACUGAGACAGGCUAGAGGGCACCAGAUAGAGACUAUCUUUCUGUUGGACUGAGACAGGCUAGAGGGCGCCAGAUAUAGACUAUCUUUCUGUUGGACUGAGACAGGCUAGAGGGCACCAGAUAGACUAUCUUUCUGUUGGACUGAGACAGGCUAGAGGGCGCCAGAUAGAGACUAUCUUUCUGUUGGACUGAGACAGACUAGAGGCCGCCAGAUAUAGACUAUCUUUCUGUUGGACUGAGACAGGCUAGAGGGCACCAGAUAGAGACUAUCUUUCUGUUGGACUGAGACAGACUAGAGGCCGCCAGAUAUAGACUAUCUUUCUGUUGGACUGAGACAGGCUAGAGGGCACCAGAUAGACUAUCUUUCUGUUGGACUGAGACAGACUAGAGGGCGCCAGAUAGAGACUAUCUUUCUGUUGGACUGAGACAGGCUAGAGGGCGCCAGAUAGACUAUCUUUCUGUUGGACUGAGACAGACUAGAGGGCGCCAGAUAGAGACAGGCUAGAGGGCGCCAGAUAGACUAUCGUUCUGUUGGACUAGCAGUGCAAGGUAACUCCUCUCACAGUACUACAUCUUUCUGUGUUAAUAAAGAUAUCAGACCCACA